CUGGCUCCAGCCGAGACAAACCAGUAAUCCUCCGAUCCGGACUGUGACAGCUCCAGCUCUUCGUAGUGCUCCUCUGGCUGCUCUCUGUUGGCACAUGAAAAUAAUUUAGUAUUUUGUGCCUUUAUAAAUUUCCACAUCAUCACUGUCGCCAGGCUGUCAAACAAACUGCCGUUAGCUUCAGUCAGCGGCUAACUUAUUAACUGGUUACACUGAGCUGUUAGCCUGUUAGCUCAGCUGUCAAACUGCCCUUUGUCUUUAAAGCAAGUUAGCUCACAGGCUUUGAUUUGUUUAUUUUUUUGGGUUAGCUGACCCCGGCUUUUCCUCUUUUAAUUUUUUAUUCGCUUGACAAAAGCUAAGCACACCAAGAUAGGCGGCUUGGGAACCAAGAUGUCGAACCGAGUGGUGUGCAGAGAAGCGAGUCACGCCGGGAGCUGGUACUCUGCCUCGGGAUCCCAGCUGAACGCACAACUAGAAGGCUGGCUGUCCAAAGCAGAGUCAUCCAUCAGACCUGCCAGAGCCAUCAUAGCACCGCAUGCCGGCUACACUUACUGUGGUGCUUGUGCAGCACAUGCCUACAAGCAGGUUGAUCCCUCUGUUACUCGUAGGGUGUUCAUCCUGGGACCUUCACACCAUGUGCCCCUCUCCCGCUGUGCCCUGUCACCUGCAGACAUCUAUAGAACACCUCUCUAUGACCUGAGAAUCGACCAGAAGGUGUACGCUGACCUCUGGAAAACCGGGUUGUUUGAGCGGAUGAGCAUCCAGACAGAUGAAGAUGAGCACAGUAUUGAAAUGCACUUGCCUUACACUGCUAAAGCCAUGGAGAGCCACAAAGACGAGUUUAGCAUCGUCCCCGUGCUUGUGGGAGCCCUGAGUGAGUCCAGGGAACAGGAGUAUGGGAAACUGCUCAGCAAGUAUUUGGCAGACCCCUCCAACCUUUUCAUUAUCUCAUCUGACUUCUGCCACUGGGGUCAGCGGUUCCGCUACACGUAUUACGAUGAGUCUCAAGGGGAGAUCUACAGGUCUAUCGAGCAUCUGGAUAGAAUGGGAAUGGGCAUUAUAGAACAGCUGGAUCCAAUGUCUUUCACCAACUACUUGAAGAAGUACCGCAACACCAUCUGUGGGCGUCAUCCCAUUGGAGUGCUGCUAAAUGCUGUGGCCGAGCUGAGGAAGUCUGGAUUAGAAAUGAACUUCUCUUUCCUGAACUACGCCCAGUCGAGCGAGUGUAGGAACUGGCAGGACAGCUCUGUGAGUUACGCUGCUGGGGCGCUCAUCGUUUAUUGAGGUCGACCGUCGCAGGGGGCAAAGCAAUGCCGCUGCCCUGCCCUUACUAUCUAUCGCCAUAACCCGACCCGACACCCCGCCCUCCUUCUCUCUCUCUCUCUCUCCUAGCCCAAGCCCCCCGUUACGCCCACUCUUUGCAGGAAGGACCUAGACACUCGAAGCCAAUACCGUCUUCUUUCUCUGUCUCUCUCUCUCUCAGCUCUGCUCCGCCUUUCUCCACCCUCCUCUCAGUUUGAAGUGUGUCUCAGAGCGUGAAGUUUGAAGUGAAGUUUUGAGAUUAUAUAGAAGAUAAAGUUUAGAAGAAGAGCUCUUAUUAGUGUGGAUUAAGCAUAAAGAGGGGGGGCUCUUUUCGUGAGGACUGACAACGUCCCCCGAGUUUGUUUUUAAUGGCAAAACGAUGGAUUUCAGCUGUUAUGAUGCAAUCUUUACAUCUGGACUCUUGGCGAUCUGUGCUCAUGUAAUUUGCCUCAGAAAAGUAAUGAAAAUAAAACUGCAGAUCUUAAAGGAGAA